AUGGCCGCCAGAAACAGUGUCGAUUGCCUCCUCCUGCGGGCUAGCUGUCGCACACCAGUCGAUGAGUCAGCAUUUUUUCCGCUGCUUGAACCUCUUGUUCAAUAUCUUUGGGAGCUGUUCACGCCCUUGUCUCAACGCACCGAGUUGGCCAUUAUGUUCUUAAAUCUAUCUAUCUAUCUAUCUAUCUAUCUAUCUAUCUAUCUAUCUAUCUAUCUAUCUUGUUCUGUUCAUCAUCUAUCUAUCUAUCUAUCUAUCUAUCUUGUUCUGUUCAUUAUCUAUCUAUCUAUCUAUCUAUCUAUCUAUCUAUCUAUCUAUCUAUCUUGUUCUGUUCAUCAUCUAUCUAUCUAUCUUGUUCUGUUCAUUAUCUAUCUAUCUAUCUAUCUAUCUAUCUAUCUAUCUAUCUAUCUAUGUUGUUUACGAUGCAUCUAUCUAUCUAUCUAUCUAUCAUUAUUCCUAUCUUUCGAGAAAAAGCAAACAUUUGGUUACAACUCUUAUCUAUCUAUCUAUCUAUCUAUCUAUCUAUCUAUCUAUCUAUCUAUCUAUCUAUCUAUCUAUCUACCGUUACAACCCUAUCUUUAUCCUAAUUUGAUUCUAUCUAUCUAUCUAUCUUUCUAUCUAUCUAUCUAUCUAUCUAUGUUGUAUAUUUAG